AUGGGGUUAGCAAUAUUUUAUUUGGGCGUCUUGUUGUGUGUCAGUAUCUCAGCUUCACCACAGUAUCAAGAUGAUAGAGCCUUCGACAGAAAGGCGGUAGAAACUGUACCAGAACACGAACCAAUAGCGCCUCCUAUUAGGGCUUCUGUAGAAAGUGUGCCACUAAGAAAUCUUCACGACGAGGGUGAUGGACGUGUACCGUUACGAGAUGCGGUUGAAAAAUUACCAAUUCCAGUCUUGGAUCAAGAAUCGUUGUACAAGUUUGUCGAGAGGCCUGAGCACCUCUUGAAAGACGUCGAGAACUUUAGAAAAUACUACGGCGCUGCGAGUCAUUUAAAUAAUGGAUCUCGAACGGAUGAGCGACUUCAUCUCGGAAAUGCUAAUCUUCAAGAAAUGCAACAAACUGUCAACGGUCCUAAUCAACGGCGUUUGGUCGUCUGUUACUUGGAGUCCUGGGCUGCUUAUAGAGCCCCACCACUAGCAUUUACAGCAGGCCUGGUGCCGAAGUCUUGCACAAACCUACAUUAUGCUUUUGCUGUGUUGCAUCCACAUACGUACAAUGUUAUAUCUGCAAAUGAAGACUAUGAUAUAAUUAAAGGUGGAUAUAGAAUAGCUACCGGAUUAAAAAGAAGAAUUCCCGGUCUCCGAGUACUGAUCAGCGUUGGCGGUGAAGGUACUGGUCGUUUGUUCAGUGAAAUGGUACAGGAGCCGUAUCGUCGAAACUCGUUUAUCGAUAGCGCCGUCAGUUUCUUACAAGAGCACGACUUUGAUGGGCUUGACCUUCACUGGGUUUAUUCAGGUGAUAAAGAUGAAAAGGAGAAAGAAUUACUCACAACUUUACUCUAUGAAUUGCGCGAAAAAUUCUCAUCCUACGGAUUUCUGCUUUCUACAGUUCUGCCACCAUUUAGGUAUCAAAUUGAAGAUGGCUAUGAUCUAAGUGCAGUAAGUGGUGCUACUGAUUAUACGAUACUCCAAGCAUGGGAUAUGACUCACUGGAAACGAGAUGAGCCACCAACAAGAGCGGUCCAGCACAGCGCUCUGCAUAGAGAUCCCGGUGCAACUGCUAGGGACCAAAGAUACGAUAAUGUGGAAUUUAUGGUGAAAUACAUCUUGCGCCAUGGCAUGGCUGCUGAGAAGCUGGUUUUGGGUGUUCCUCUGUUCGGAAGAAGUUAUACAUUAGCUGCUUCUACACUGCCUGCUCCAGGCGCCCCUGUGAGCGGUUGGGGCGAUGAAGGUGCAUACACUCAAACCAAGGGAAUGUUAGCGUACUUUGAGAUCUGUAUGACUGAGCGAGACGGAAAAGGUAUAAGCGGCAUAGAUGAAGAUGGAAACGCUUUUGCUGUUUUCGAUAAUCAAUGGAUUAGCUACGAUACUCCAAACACCAUUCUUGAAAAGAUGAAAUUCGUUACCGAGGCUGGUCUUGCUGGUGCAGCGGCGUGGUCUAUUGACAUGGACGACUUUAGAGGACUGUGUGGUUCACCGUUCCCCUUACUGAGCGCUAUUUCCAUAAGCCUUAAUGGUGAAGCAACCUUGACAGACCAAUCGUCGCUGAAGGUAGGGUCUUGCGACUCAAACGCACCUUACUUAGCUUCGGAUCAAGAGUCGUGUGCGCAUUUCCACUUCUGCACUGGUGGAAUUAGUUACCGUAUGGUCUGUGAGGAUGAUCGCCUUUACGAUCCUUCGACUGGUUUCUGUGGACACCAAGAUGUCGCGAAAUGUAUACCAGGCCAGACUCUUAGGAUUAGCGUUGAAGACGCUGCAAGGUUUUUACCGAUUGCAUAUGAAAAUGAUUUUGAAUGGAACAAUGCUCCCGAAAAGUCGAAACCGAGUCAGAAUUUAUUAACUGCAGUUGCUGAAAGUAAAAAAAGCAAAGACAACGACAAAAAAGUCGUAUGCUACAUGACAAGCUGGGCCUUCUACAGACGAGGAGACGGCAAAUUUGUUCCAGAACACAUUGAUACCAGACUUUGUACGCACGUCGUUUACGCUUACGCCUCACUAAGCCCUGAUGAUCUAAUAGCCAAGCAAUUCGACCCUUGGGCGGAUAUUACCAACAAUUUAUAUGAAAGAGUAACAUCCCUGGGUGAUGUCAAGGUGCUCUUAGGUUUGGGCGGUUGGACGGACUCGUCUGGAGACAAAUAUUCUCGUCUUGUCUCGUCUCCGGUUAAUCGUGCCAAGUUUGUUGAGAAGCUCAUACCAUUCCUUCGUAUGCAUAAUUUUAAAGGUCUGCAUUUGGAUUGGAACUAUCCUGUUUGCUGGCAGAGCAAUUGCAAAAAAGGAGCUUUAUCAGACAAAGCUAAUUACGCAAAGUUUGUUAAGGAGCUAUCAAAAGCAUUGCACGAAGCCGGUAUGGAAUUGGGAGUAGCUCUAUCUGGUUACAAAGAAGUAAUUGAAUCUGCAUACGACUUACCCACUAUAUCCAGUGCUGUUGAUUUCAUGAGCUCUAUGACGUACGACUAUCAUGGAGGAUGGGAAAGGAGUACUGCUCAUCAUACGCCCUUGGUACCUUUAAAAAGAGAUGCUCUCGCCUACUACUCGGUUGAAUAUGCCAUCAAAGCAUUAAUAAGCGGAGGAGCAGACCCCAAAAAACUACUGCUUGGGUUAGCUUUUUACGGUCAAUCGUACCGCUUAGCUGAAGUUGAUGGGUCGAGAGGACCAGGGACGCCCGCGGCUGGGCCAGGAGACUCCGGAGAAUUUACUAAACAACCUGGAAUGUUGGCUUACUAUGAAAUAUGUUACCGAGUAAAGAACUUGAGAUGGAAAACUGGUCGCCAGGAAAAGGCUGGUCCGUACGCGUACUCCGAUAACCAAUGGGUGGGAUAUGAUGAUCCUAAAUCUGUUACAGAAAAAGUUGAAUGGGGACUUCGUCAAGGGCUGGGUGGUGUAACAGCUUGGGCCAUAGACCUUGAUGAUUUUAACAACCGUUGUUGCAACGAGCCUUCCCCCCUUCUUCGAGCUGCUGGUCGUGCAUUGGGACGCGCUGUGCCCAACCCACCUACCUCACCUUGUGAACGUCCGCCUGAACCAGUGACACCUGCGCCUCCUACAACAACCCCAGCAGAAUCUGACGGUUCAAUUUCUGGCGGUGGAGACCACAACCAUGAUCACGGCAGCCAUACUUCAACCACUUGGCCGAGUUGGAAUCCUCCAUCUACCCAAAGCACAACUCAGACUUGGUGGCCACCGGCGACAACAACACCCGUUCAAACUACUACUACGACGACGACUACCACCAUGAAACCAAGUACUACCACAACUACAACCAAACAACCACCCAUCGCGGAUACGGGUGUUGAAGGUUCAGCAUGUGAAGCGGGAGAAUAUAAAGCAGCGCCUGGCGAUUGUGAAGCGUAUUUGCAGUGUGCUGGUGGACAGUGGCGCAAACACCGAUGUGCACCUGGGCUACAUUGGUCUAUUAAGUCUAAUAGAUGUGAUUGGCCUGCAUUUGCCAAAUGCACGUCCACUCCAGAUAGCGGGACGAGCACAGUGACAACCACGUUAGCUCCAACGACAUCCCGGCCGCCUCCUACUACUACCACUAGACGGACUACCACCACCACUAGUACUACAACUACAACUACCACUACCACCACGGCAAGAACAACAACUUUGGCUGACGAAAUGCUAGAAUCAUCCGAAGGCCAACCCUGCGACGGUCAAGAUUAUCGCGCGAUGGAAGGCGAUUGUAACUCAUAUUUGCAUUGUGAUGGCUCUGUGUGGAGACGCCAACAGUGCGCGCCAGGUCUUCACUGGAGUGCGGAUAAGAAACAUUGUGACUGGCCUAAAUAUGCCAACUGUGAACUUAAGCCAUCUACAACACAAAAGACUACAACUACAACCACAACCACACCCAAACCGACACGACCUACAACAAAGCCAACUAGACCUACUGUAGCAGAUAGCAAUAAGCCAAGGGAAGAUGGUCCGUGCGGAGGUAACGAGAUGCAUGCAGCUGCAAGCACAUGCGACUCAUACCUUCUAUGUGUUGCUGGACAGUGGCGCCGCCAACUCUGCCCGCCUGGUCUUCAUUGGGAUAAUCGCUCAAAGCGGUGUGACUGGGCCGAAUUUGCUAUGUGCGAAGCUAGCAGAAUAACACUAAAGCCUCCAUAUCAAAUGCUUGUAUCAACAACCACGAGGAGAACAACAACCACAAGAAGACCAACAACAACGACCACAAGAAAACCAACAACACCACGCCCUUCAACAACAACGAGGAGAUCGGUUACACAGGAUCAUCAAUACCAAAAACCUACGCGUUGUCGCACCGGAACGUAUCACCCUCAUCCGCGCUGUGAAAAGUUCUACGUCUGUGUAAAUGGCGUUCUGGUAGCUCAAAGUUGCGCUCCUGGCCUCGUCUGGAGACACGAGUACUCACAAUGUGAUUUUCCUUCGAAAACGUCGUGCUCCGACCGAAGACAGGUUAUUUCUGUUUCUGAAGGCUCCAAACCGAGCGCUAGCUUACAAGUGGAACAAAAGCCAGAAUUUUGUGAAAACGGACAAUAUGCAUUGAAUCCAGCGGAUUGUUCUCGAUAUAUGCAUUGUAUUUUUGGUAAAUAUGAAGAAUUCGCUUGCAGUGCUGGCUUACAUUGGAAUCAGGAUAAACAAAUAUGUGAUUGGCCGCAAAACGCUAAAUGCACGGUACAAAAGGUCACCACUACUCCGAGCCCUCCGAUUCUCGCAGAAGAAGAUAUAGAAGUUGUACCAGCUAAACCUAUUCAAUCUUUGGAGCCUAUUAAUUUGGUAGAUGAAGCCAUGCGACCCCCACUUCUAAAUAGUCGUUACAAAUUGGUGUGUUACUAUACCAACUGGUCUUGGUAUCGACCUGGCUUUGGAAAGUUCACUCCUGAAGACAUCGACCCCUCGCUUUGUACCCACAUCGUGUACGGUUUUGCAGUACUCGGAGAAGAUGGACUUAUGGUAGCGCACGAUCCUUGGGCUGACAAUGAGAAUAGAUUCUAUGAACGCGUUGUGGAAUUCAAAAAGUAUGGUACUAAAGUAUCAAUAGCCAUUGGAGGAUGGAAGGACUCUGCUGGCGAUAAGUACUCAAAAUUAGUGAACGAUCCAGCUGCACGUAAACGUUUUGUGAGACAUGCAGUAGAUUUUAUUGAGAAGUAUGGUUUUGAUGGUCUUGACCUUGACUGGGAAUAUCCAAAGUGUUGGCAGGUCGAUUGUUCCAAGGGCCCCGACUCCGACAAGGAAUCUUUCGGUGAAUUAGUUCGAGAAUUAUCCGCAGUUCUAAAGCCUAAAGGUCUGCUCUUAUCAUCUGCUGUAUCUCCCAGCAAAAUGGUUAUCGAUGCGGGCUACGAAGUACCUGUACUAGCGAAGUACUUGGAUUGGAUUGCAGUGAUGACCUACGACUACCAUGGGCAAUGGGACAAGAAAACGGGACAUGUGGCACCUCUUUAUUAUCAUCCCGACGAUGAUAACACUUACUUCAAUGCUAACUACACAAUGCAUUACUGGAUUUCAAAAGGAGCACCUCCAAGCAAAUUGAUCAUGGGAAUGCCUUUGUAUGGGCAAACAUUCACUACUUUAACCGAGUCGAACAAUAGAGGAGCGAUUGGACUGAAUGCUCCUGCUCGUGCUGGAGGAGAUGCGGGAGAAUAUACGAGAGCUAGCGGUUUUCUUGCAUAUUACGAGAUAUGUGAAAGGAUUAAAAAUAGGAACUGGAUUGUGGUAAAAGAUCGUUAUCAGCGCAUGGGACCUUACGCAUACAAGGGAGAUCAGUGGGUUUCCUUUGAUGACAUGGAAAUAAUUAAGAAGAAGGUCAACUUCAUUAAAUCUCUAGGUCUUGGUGGAGGAAUGGUUUGGGCACUUGAUCUUGAUGACUUCCAGAAUAGAUGUAACCAAGGCAAAUAUCCACUAAUGAACACUAUAAAGGAAAGUCUUCUCAACUCCAACGUAGAGUUAGAAUCUGCCUUACAACCCCUCCCUGAACCCCAAAACAGUAUAGACGAUGAUCUAGAUGAUAUUGAAGUUAUACCAAGUUACACGAGACCAACUCGACCGACCACUAUCUCAUCGACUCGCCCAACACAACCAACUCGACCCGCUACGCAAGUUACCACUGAAAGUUCAACACAAAUCGUAAACAUGGAUGAAGUGGAACAGUUCAAAGUUAUCUGCUACUAUACCAACUGGGCGUGGUACAGGCCUGGCUCUGGAAAGUUCGUCCCAAGUGACAUCGAUCCAUCUUUAUGUACUCACAUCAUUUAUGCCUUUGCAGUCCUCGAUAGUUCUAGACUUGUACUCAAACCUCACGAUAAUUGGCUCGACGUCGAAAAUAAAUUCUACGAGAAGGUGGUCGCUUUUAAGAAGCAAGGAGUACGCGUUCUGCUAGGACUUGGUGGUUGGAACGAUUCGGCCGGAGACAAGUACUCGCGACUCGUAAACAAUGCUGGCGCUAGAAGAAAGUUUAUUGUGCAUGCUCUCGAUUUCCUCGAUCAAUACGAGUUCGAUGGCUUAGACCUAGACUGGGAAUAUCCUAAGUGUUGGCAAGUGGAAUGUGAAAAGGGACCAAGCUCAGAUAAACAAGGAUUUACUGACUUAGUGAAGGAACUGCGAACAGCAUUUGCGCGAAAAGGUCUCCUGCUAUCAGCUGCCGUCUCAGCCAGUAAACGAGUUAUCGAUUAUGCUUACGAUGUUCCCACGCUAGCGAAAAACUUAGACUGGAUCUCUCUAAUGACGUAUGACUAUCACGGUCAAUGGGAUCAGAAAACUGGUCACGUAGCUCCAAUGUACGCUUCUGAUGAGGACGAUGACAAGACUUUCAAUGUGAACUUUACGGUGAAUUACUGGAUGAGUAAGGGCGCUCCUCGAAGCAAGCUUAUAAUGGGUAUGCCACUGUAUGGGCAGUCGUUCUCUUUGGUGGAGAAUGCGGGUAAUUCUCUUGGAGCCCCUUCGAACGCUGGCGGUGAAGCAGGUGAUGAAACGAGAGCAAGAGGCUUCUUGGCAUUCUAUGAGAUAUGUGAGCGAAUACGCGUACAGGGAUGGCGUGUCCAUCGGGAUCCAGGUGGCCGCAUGGGUCCUUACGCUACACUACACGACCAGUGGGUUUCCUUCGAUGACGACUACAUGGUGCGGCACAAAGCAGAGUUUGUCCGUGCUAUGGAUCUUGGAGGCUCUAUGGUCUGGUCCUUGGAUUUGGAUGACUUUACCGGAAAAUACUGCAGCUGUGGCAAAUAUCCUCUCUUAACAACGAUAAACCACGUUUUGAGAGGUCGUGACGCAGCACAGCCCUGUUCUCUGGAAGAAAUUAGCCCUCCACCAAACGUAGUUGACACCACAUCAACAGCAGUGCAAGCGAUUGAAACUACAACUGUCUCUUUGGCUGACACCGAAGUGGAACCGGAUAUCGAGGUAACGACAGUGGAGGGUUCUUCUUGUACAAGCGGGUUCCGUUCAGAUGCAAUGGAUUGUACCAAAUAUUACUUGUGCAUUGGCGGUCGCUAUAUACAACUAGCUUGUCCUCCGCCCCUUGUAUGGAACCAGAACCACUGCGACUGGGCAGAGAAAUCAAACUGCAAGAACAAAGCAAACUUAAAAUUGAGUUCAGAUGGAGAUCACGAUGUAGUUAUGAAUGAGAAGCCGAUAAUCGCCUGCUACUUCACUAAUUGGGCUUAUUAUAGGAAAGAAAAUGGUAGCUUCGGACCAAAUCAAAUCAACCCGUCUCUAUGCACACACAUCGUCUACUCUUGGGCACAUCUAGAUGACAAUUUCACACUAGCCGCUGGAAUACCAGAACUGGAUGUUGUCAAUGAUUUCUAUGGCAAAGUCACAGAGUUCAAAUUGAAAGGCGUCAAAGUCGUUUUGGGUGUGGGAGGUAUAGAAAAUUCGGAGAGCAACACGUGGAGCAAAAUGGUUGCCAACCCUGAGCACAGGAAGGUCUUUGUGAAAUCGGCGCUGAAGUUUAUACAGAAAUGGAAUUUCGAUGGCAUACAUGUUGCAUGGCAAUACCCAGUUUGUAAACAAGUCCCCUGUGUCAAUUGGAAUAGUGAGGAGAAAGACAACUUUAGCCUCCUACUGACUCUUCUCUCAAAAUCCCUCCGACGUCACAACUUAGAGGUGUCGGCAAUGGUCUCGCCGCAGCCGGAAAUAGCGGCUCUUGCCUACGACCCAGAAGUUCUCUCUUCUACUCUAGACUGGAUUGCAAUUGCAGCUAAUGACUAUUACAGCACAAACAUUAAGAGGACUGCGUACCUGCUACCGUUGGAACAAAAUGAAUUCAAUGAAGUGGAUAACUUUAAAUCUAUAGUGCAAUAUUGGACAAGUGUAGUUGCUAGUAACCGCUUGGUGCUCAGCAUCCCUGCAUACGGACGUUCAUAUACUCUUCGAUCGGAAACCAACACGGCACCCGGGACUACAGCUGUUGCCCCCGGAGAACCUGGAGCCUUUACACAGGUUCCCGGCUUCCUCGCGUAUUACGAAGUAUGUAAGGGGAUCCAAGAAGGUAGCUGGAUAGUAUCAGGCAGCCAGUCAGGGACGUAUGCCACAUCCGGCUCACAAUGGGUAACAUACCUGCGUCCUGAAGAAGUUCACAGAAUGUCCGCUUCCGUAUCCUUGGGUGGUCUCCGCGGAACUGCUCUGUGGGCAAUGGACUUAGACGACUGGGGAGGAACUUGCUCUUGCAGGUCUUGGCCCUUACUCACGGCUCUAAGACAAGGACUCCUGGAACCGACUCUACCGCCUGCCAUCUGUGCGUAA